UGUAUUCUUGUGCACACAACACAGCCAUUCAACCAACACGGCUGACGCAGCACGACUGAACUGGAGGACAGGCACGCUCGAGAGUGGGUACGGGGUGCGACGACACGACCACCAGGCAGAGAGCAGCGAGUGGCUGCACGUGUGCAGAAGAGAGACAGCAGCAAGAAGGCUGCAGCAGCAUAGGUCGUUGUGAGCGGCAACAAACGAUGAAGACAAGAAAUUCAGGAGGCAAGGUGCAGCAGCACUUGGUGUCUCCUCCAAGAAGGAUGACGAUGAUGUUGUGGUGGUGUGUUGCGACUGUAGCCGCGUUACUAGUGGUCGCCACAACCACCACGCGUGCUGUGCCCCUAUCAAGUGGAGGCCAGACCACCCAGGGCGGGUUUGUGUUGAAAAGCACCUUGCUCGCAGAUGAGUAUGACCGUGCCGCUGCAUAUGCCUUGUCACAGCAAGGCCACCGAGACCCCCGCGCCGUCACCGAACCGCCUCUGUCGUGCAAGGUGGUCAACUACGAGACGGGCAACGUUGUCUUCGAUUUAUCCCCGCUCUUCAGAAAACCUGGAGAAGCCAACCACGUGGUUAGAGACGACGAUGGCAACGUGUACUACCUCAACGUGUGCGGUUACGUGAACGCUGUUGGCGGCGCAAAGCGCUGCACGUCACAGUACAACGACACCCACAUCUCAGGCUGCCAGGACAUGCCGGGCACUUCCAAGCCCCCACUCCACAUUGGCACGGAGUCCAUUCCGCCUGCGCUCGUCAAUCCGGCUGAGCCAUCGGAGGGCGUGACACUGCUGUUCUCCAGCGAUGCAACGCACGGGGCCGCGUGUGAGAGCGGUGCACGGCCACACACGAAAAUCCUGUUCACCUGCGGUCCAAGCAGGGGCCGGCCCGUCUUCCUCAACGAGGGCGACGAGUGCUCGUUCACCUUCAGAUGGGAAACCGACCUUGUGUGCGAGGACGCUGACCCAAGCGUGGAGGAGCUUCCUUGCUAUGUGGAGACAGACAAGGGCGACAUCAUCGACCUCAGCCCGCUCGUCAGCUCCGUCAGCAACUGGCGCGCCCUUGACGAGACGCACAACGCCGACACGUACAUGUACUACCUGUCCGUGUGCCGCACACUUGUGCCCACACCGGACCUGCCUGCCGGGUGCGCCACCAGCACCUCCGCAGCGUGCCAGUACAAGACGAGCGAGAGCAGCCGUCGGCCCGUGUCGCUCGGCCACCCGGCCACGCCUCGCUACAGCAACGGCGAAGUCUCCAUGACAUACACCAUGGGCGACUCGUGCGGGGACACGGGCAUCAAGCGCAAGGCGCAGAUCUUCUUCACCUGCCCCACGUCGCGCGACAAGGGCCUGGGCAGCCCCAAGUUCCGUGAGGAAAUCAACUGCUACUACAUCUUCGACUGGGAGACCACGGCGGCCUGCGUGGUUGGCAGCGAGCAGAGCAGCGGCAGCGCAUGCAGCGUCACCGACGACAACGACAACGUGUUUGAUUUUUCGCCCCUCAAGGGCAAGUCGUACUCGGUGCUGUUUGAGGACACGACGUACGAGUUUGGCGUGUGUGGUGCGCCCGUGUCGUGUGGCAUUGAUGGCAAGAAGGCCGCCGUGUGCCGGACCAAGGGCAUCCACGCCGACGUGCUGGCAACAACCACCAGCGGCGUGUCCGUCACGGGCGGAGAGGUGCAGGUCUCGUACGUGUCUGCCCCUGUGAGCGGCGACAAGAUUGGCGUCAUCACCACGUUCGUGUGCGACCCGGCCGCCACGCCCGACGCAUCGCUGGAGGACCGGGCAACGCUGGUUGACAUUGUCGGCACGAUUGCCAAGCCGCGCGUGCUGUUGUUUGAGGUGCAGACGUCGCUUGUGUGUGUGCAGGAGGUGGAGUGCGCCAUUGAAGCCAACGGGCGCUCGUAUGACCUUAGCCCGCUCACCAAGGACACGUACUGGCGCGUCGACGCAGCCUCGUACAGCUAUUUGAUCAACGUGUGCAAGAACGUCGUUGCACCCUCUCUCGGGUGCGAGGGCACGGGCGGCUGCCAGCUGCUGGACGACAGCAAGCACACGGCAUACCCUCUUGGCACUGUGAGCGGCCCGCGCAUCGACGGCAACAACGCGCUCGUGCUCGAGUACACCAACGGCAGCAAGUGCGGCAACCUGGACAUUUCCCGCUCCAUGACCAUCACCUUUGAGUGCGAUGAGAGCGCAGGCGUGGCCGGUGCCCUGACGGCGCUUGAGGAAAAGACCACGUGCCACUACGAGUUCCUGUGGCAGACGUCUGCUGCGUGCCCAGUCGAGACAGACAGGGCCGAGGGGUGCCGCCUCACGGACGAGCACUCUGGGCAGACGUUUGACCUGACCAACCUGGCCAGCAAGCUGCGCCACCGCGACUUGCACGUGUCAUCCACUGAUGCCACGUACCACGUUGGCCUGUGCGCCCCCAGCAGCUACUGCGGUGACGACGUGGCCGUCUGUGACGCUUCACGCAAAUCCUAUGGUCAGGCCACCACGGAGCUGUCCUACAACCAGGACAGCCUCUUCCUCACGUACAGCAAUGGCGCAUCCUGCGGCAACGGCCAGAAGAAGGCAACCACCAUCCAGUUCAAGUGCGCUGAGGGGGACGGAGAGGACGGCCCUGUUGUCCUGAGCGACGACGACUGUCUGCUUGAGCUCGAGUGGCCUACGCGUUACGCGUGCACAGAGGAGUUUGAGACCAUGAACUGCAUUGCGUACCACGGAGACAAGAGGUUUGACAUCUCGCGCCUACUGGACAGCAACGCCAACUACUUUGCAGAGGAUGCAGAGACAGGCACAACGUUCCUCAUCAACGUGUGUCGUCCCAUGAUCCCGGACUCGGAGCGCCUCUGCCCCUUUGGCGCCGCCGCCUGUGCCAUCACCCACGACAAGAAGGCAAUCAGCCUUGGCAAGCCUGGCAAGGAGCCUGUGUAUGACGCAGAGCACGACCGCGUGUACAUCGAUUAUCUCAACGGCACCGACGGCGCCUCCUCCCGCAUCGAAUUCGUUUGUCCAGAGCCAUCAGAGGACGAGUCCACGUUCAACACGCUUGUUUAUCUUGGCAAAGAAGUGGAGAGCAACAAAUACCUCUUCCGCAUCCGCAGCAAGGCCGCCUGCCAACGCGUCCUCGUGCGCGGCUCAAACUGCAUGGUCUCAGACUCAAUCACAGGCAUGCAAAUGGAUCUGUCUCCGCUGCGCCGUGACAGGCCGUACGAGGUGAAGACGCCAAAGUACACGUACGAGCUCAACGUGUGCAAGGCCGUCCCGUGUGCGGACAGGAAAUCCUCUUCUUCAGCAGGCGCUUGCCAGACGGACGGAUCUGGCAACGCGUAUCAUCUUGGCGAGGUGAACUCGGAGCCACUCUUUGACAACAACGUGCUGCAGCUGUCGUACGAGCACGGGCACGCGUGCCACGACAAGACGGUGUUCCGCCGGACCGUGAUCCUGUUUGUCUGCGACUUGGAGGUGGAGACGGGCGAGCCUGAGUUCCUGCACGAGGACAACAACUGCAUGUACAUCUUCCAGUGGCGCACGCAGCAUGCCUGCAAGCCGCAGAUCACGCACUGCGGGGCCAUUGACCCGGACACGGGCGCCGAGUACCACCUCGACGCGCUCAUGCGGCAGGACUACGCCAUCACCGUGUACGACCGCGGCACGGCCUCCUCCAGCAACUGGCUUGCGCUGGACAACGACGACGACCCGCUGCUCGCCAAGUACGCCUUCCGCAUCAACGUGUGUCGCCCGCUCGUGCCGGACUCGUCCAUCUCCUGCGCGCCCUUUGCCGCCGCCUGCCAGACGAACCUUGACUCGCGCGACCACUACACCAUUGGCUACCCGCUGCGGGGCCCAGAGGUGGUGGACGGCCGCUUGCAGAUGCAGUACCCGCUUGGCGACUCGUCGGGCUGCCCCGGCCACCGCACGGCCACCAUUGAGUUCUCCUGCAACCCGACCCCCGGCGACCUGGGCACGCCCGUGUUUGAGUUUGAGGGCGACCACUGCGACUACCACUUCUCCUGGAGCAGCUCUGCGGCGUGCCCGCACGGCGGCAGCGAGGCGACGUCGACAACAAGCACGUCGAGCCCAGGGACCGGCGGUGACGACGACUCCGGACGCGGCUGCAAGGUGAUGAACCGCAUCACGGGCGAGACGAUUGACCUGUCUGGGCUGGGCAGCGACGGCCUGCUGCACACGCGCGGGUACGGCAAGGACGGUACGGAGUACGACUACUACGUUGGUAUCUGCCAGGAGUCGCAGAAGAGCAACCAGCGCGAGUGCAGCGGCAUGGGCGCGUGCCAGACCACCAGCGGCCUGACGGUUGGCCUUGGGCAGGCGAACCACCACCUCUUCUUUGAGGGCGACCAGCUCACGCUGCAGUACACGGACGGCAAGCUGUGCCACGGCCAGUACAAGCGCAGGACGACGCUGUUCAUCAUGUGCGACCACGCCGAGACGGGUGCCCCACGCCUGGAGUACAUUGAGGAGACGGACGACUGCGAGUACCGGUUUGAGGUGUACACGGCACUGGCGUGCUCGCGCGUGCGGCAGACGUCGUGCACGGCCAUCGACUUCAACCAGGACACGGAGCCCGUUGCGUACGACCUGUCGCCGCUCAUGCAGAUUGAUGAGGACUAUGCUGUUGAGAUCCCAGACCCAGAGAGCAUGGGUGGUAGCCUUGCCGUGAUUGACAUCAACGUGUGCCGCUCCCUCGUGCGCCCGCGCCCCGGCUGUGAGAACUUCUACUCCGUGUGCAUGUCGCCGCACGGCCAGCGUCAGGGGGACCCUCUUGGCCUGCCGUCCUCGCCGUAUGUCACGCCCGACCACCAGCUGCGCAUGGAUUACGUGAGCCCCGGGUGUGAGUUUGGCGACUCACCCACCACCAACACCACCAUCAUCUUCCAGUGCAGCGCUGACGGCGAGACGCACCAGCCCGUGCUCGUAUCGCCAUCCACGCGCGAGACGUGCGAGUUUUUGAUCGUGUGGGAGACAGAGCUUGCGUGCGGGCCCGGCGGUGCCUCUGGCAGCGACACGACCACCACCGCCGCACCCGGCACGCUGACGCGGGACGACUGCGUUGUGUCGAACGAGUACGAUCGGUUUGACCUCACGACGCUGGGCUCAGCCAAGGCGGACGUGGAGAACGAAGCCGACGGCGAGGACUACGAGUACCACGUGGCCGCGUGCGGCACCGUGCCGUGCCGCAACACGGACGGCCUGUCCGCCUCUGUGUGCCAGAGUGACAGCGAGAGCGCGUGGUCGCUUGGCCAGUUUACGCGGCGGCCCGUGCUUGAGGAGGGCCACGCUGACCAGGUGGUGCUGGAGUACGAGGAUGGCAGCGCGUGUGGCCAGAAGCAGCGCACGUCGCGCGUGACGUUCAAGUGCGAGCGGAACCAGGCGCGCCAGGGCCCCGUCUUUGUGGCGGAGACAGACACGUGCGAGUACGAGUUUACGUGGUACACGGACGCGGUGUGCCCGAACCAGGCCAUCCCGCACCGCCCACUCGGCUGCUCCAUUGCCGAUCCCGAGACGGGCCGCGUGUACCACCUUGACGAGCUGAUGCGAUCGAACGAGCUGGACGAGAACUGGCUGGCACGUGACGCGGCGGAGGACGAGGAAGGCUCGAGCGGAUUUAACUUCUACAUCAACGUGUGCCGCCCGCUCGUGCCCUCGCAGAUUGACUCGGGCGUGCUGAGCGAGGUGUGCCGCGGGUCGGGCGUGUGCCAGAUGACGGAGAGCGGGGCGGCGUACUCCGGCGGGUACGCCAUGCACGAGCCCGAGUUUGACGCAAACGGCGACGUGGUGCUGCGCUACUCGCUGCCGCACUCGUACGAGACCAAGUGCCACGGGCAGUUCACGCGCAGCGCAUCCAUCACCUUCACCUGCAAGGAGGGCACGCUCGGGCACCCCGUGUUUGUUGGCGAGACGGCCGAGUGCGAGUACCAGUUUGUGUGGGAGACGUCGGUGGUGUGCGAGUACAAGCAGAAGGCCGGGUCCAACUGCCAGGUCACCGACGAGGAGACGGGCACCGUGUUUGACCUGUCGCCUCUGCAGGGCACGCUGGCCCGCGCCGAGGCUGGCGGGUACACGUACGAGCUGGCCGUGUGCAGUGCGCCGAUCCGUGAGAGCUUCUCGGGCUGUGCAGACGACAGCAAAGUUGGCGCGUGCCAGCUGAAGCAGGACCUUCGCACGUACUCGUACAACUUGGGCGAGAUCAACGCAAAGCCGUUUGUGACGGACGCGGGCGUAGCGCUCGAGUACGUGCACGGGCAGGCGUGUCACAACCACAAGUUCCAGCGCUCCACAUACAUUGAGUUUGUGUGCGACUCCACGGCGGGCGACGGCGCCCCCGUGUUUGUUGACGAGCUUGAGGACUGCAGCUACGUGUUCCGCUGGCCAACAGCACACGUGUGUGAGCGGCAGACGGACUUUGAGUGCGUGGUGACGGACAAGAAGGGGCGUGAGUACGACCUGUCUGCACUGAAGCGCCUGGACGGCAACUGGAUGGUGGACAACACGGCGCAGGCAGACGAGUUUACGUACGUGCUCAACGUGUGCCACAACGUGAUUCGCACGGGUCAGGCCCGCAACUGCUCCGGCAACGCGGGCGCGUGCCAGUGGUCUGCGGAGUCGCACGGCUUCUACGACCUCGGCCACCCGGCGGAGCCCAAGUUCGUUGGCGGGCAGCUGCAGAUGGUGCUGGAGGGCGGUACGCCGUGCAACGGCAAGCCCCGCACCACCACCGUGACGUUUGAGUGCAAGAAGCCCGACGGGAGCGGCGAGCCACUCGGCACGCCCCGCUUCGACCACGAGGAUGACUGCCACUACAACAUUUUGUGGGAGACGUCUGCGGCCUGUCCCGUAAACACAGAGCCGGACCACAACACGGACAAAUGCGUGUUUGAGGAUGCCGUGACUGGUGCCGUGGUGGACCUGACGACCAUUUCGCCGUCGCUGCUGGAGUUUACGGACGACCGCAGCAUGCGCUACUCGUUCAACCCGUGUGCCACCUUCUCCUGUGGCAACACGCGCUCCUACGCGUGCCAGCGCGCAGGCAGCGAUGAGUUCUCGCUUGGGUCGUCCAAGUCUGUCACCGUCUCCGAUGGUGCUGUGUCCAUGCACCUGACUGGCGGCACCCGCUGCCCGUCCAUUGGCCAGGACCGCGAGGCCUUUAUCACUUUCGAAUGCCCGGAGGACGGUACGAGCGAGACAUCGUCGUUGGUGUCUGUGAACGAGGAGCACACGUGCUCGUACGGGAUGGUUGUGCGCACGCCAGCUGCGUGUGGCCUUGCGCCACGCCAGUGCAUUGUCAAGGACAACACGCACGAGAAGGGGUGGGAGUAUGACCUGAGCCCGCUGUCUGUGGACGGCGCCAUCACCGUGAAGACGGACGAUGGGCAGAUUGACUUUAAUGUGUGCCGCGGCGUGAGUCGUGCCGGCUGCCCGUCCAACGCGGGCGCAUGUCUGACCAUUGGCAACGAGCACUAUGCGCUUGGGCUUUACACGGAGGACACCCAACCAGAGAUGAUGCAAGAUAAGCCUCAGGUGCACCUCAUGUACACCGGUGGCGAGUGUCCUCAUGGGUCACACGCAAGCGUGGAGAUUAUCUUCGUGUGUCCCGCCGACACCUCCAAGCCAAAGUCGCCGACGCUUGUGCGCUCGACGGGCUGCGUGUACCAGAUUGAGUGGGAGACGUGUCGUGUGUGCCCUGGCCAGAACCCUUGCGAAGAUGUGCGCACGACACACGCACCGGGCACGCACGGUGAGGGCAGUACGGCGGCGCAACACACCACACACAGCGGUGCGCACGACGGCACAGACACCAGCAGCGGCAGCCAUAAGAAGAAGGGCGUUGUUGCUGCGGUGGUCAUCAUUGUGCUGAUCGUUGUUGUGACGGGGACGUACCUGAUUAUGAAGCCUGGCCAGCGCGCAUCCCUCCUGUCCUGCUGCGGCGGUGGUAGCAGUAGUGGCAGCGGCACCUCCUACGUGAAGCUGCAGUCCAACGUGAAGGAGCACCUGUUCUCGGACUCGAGCAGCGAAGAGGAGGCCCUGUUUGGCAUUGGCGCACACGACAGCGAUGACGACAGUGACCAUGGCGAUGGCAGUGGCAGUGGUGGCACACGCGAGGCGUCGUUUAUGGCGGCGAAAGCAACGCCAUCGGCCACAGCAGCCACUGCGCAGAACAAGACGGCGCUGAUCAGCACUGGGAGCAGCAGCAGUGGUGACGAUGACGACGAUGCACCGCUUGUCCCAAUUUGAUCGCACAUGCGCACGACAGCGCAGCCAACUUAGUAGGAGGCCCAGCUCAUGUUCAAGCAGUGAGAAAGUGAGCGAGAAAGUGAGCGAGAGAGUGAGUGUGUGUGUGUGUGUGUUUGAGUGUGUGUGUGUGUGUGAUGUGAAAUGUAGAGUUUGUCUGUGUCUCCGUGUGUGCGUGCGCAUGCUAGUGUGUUUGUGUGCAUGUUGAGUGCGAGCACAUCUGGCGUGGUGUUCAAGAUGGUGGUUGUGGUUCAUAGGAGGGCUCGCGGUACCUGUUGGGCAAAGUUGUUUUGCAGUGUGUGUGUGUGUGUGUGUGGCUUUUCUUGUUGUUGUUGUUGCUGUUGUUGUUGUUGUUGUGGUUUUAUGUGCUUGGUCGUGGCGCGUGAACAGCAUACCCAUGAUCCAAAGGCUCAACGACACCACCAUGAAACGAAAUCAAUCAACA